AAACAAAGCUUUAUAGCCGAUUCAGCCAUGGCUUCUUUUUCAAGCUUUUGUCUCUUCUUUCUCCUUUGCUAAUUAGAAAGGUAGCUGUGUACCCAUAAAACAAACCCCACCAUUAAGCUUCUUCAAUGUUCACAUACCCCAAAUCCUCAUACCUUUUCUUUUUCCUUCUUGAAUUCCCCCUUGUUUUGAUUCAAAGUUUUCUCCUUUUAUUUUAAAAUUUUUUAUCUUUUUUUCUGUCCAUCACUUUUUAUACAAAUCCCAAGGUGAAAUUAUAAGAAUUUUCUUGUAGUUUCUUCCUGAUCAUCUGGAAUUCCCUUCUUCAUCUUCUCUUUUGGUUGACACGUGAACCAACUUAGGAUUUUUCAGAGCCUAUUGAUUGACUAGUUCCUUUGAAAACUUAAGUUACCCUUUAUAGUUUCCACCAUGGAUUUUUUUUUAAAAAAAGCCCUGUUUUUGUAUUUAUUUCAUAUUGUUUAAUCUUUACAUUGAUCCAUGGUGUGUUAUUAAAUGUGUUUGAUUCAUAGGGGAGCCUAUGUCAAUCGCCUGUUGCUGUCCCGUCCUUGAAUGUGUCUACUGUUUAGCCUGUGCUCGUUGGGCAUGGCAGAAAUGUCUAUACACUGCUGGCCAUGAAAGCGAGCACUGGGGUUUAGCCACAGUGGAAGAAUUUGAGCCAGUCCCACGCCUUUGUCGUUUAAUUCUAGCUGUUUAUGAAGAUGAUCUCCAUAACCCUCUUUGGGCACCCCCUGGAGGUUAUGGCAUUAACCCUGAUUGGGUUUUCUUAAGAAGAAAUGACCAAGAAACUGAAGGCCGAGCUCCACCUUACAUGAUUUAUUUAGAUCAUGAAAAUGCUGAUAUUGUGUUUGCUGUUAGGGGACUUAACUUAGCCAAGGAAAGUGAUUAUGCUGUUUUGCUUGAUAACAAACUGGGGCAGACCAAAUUUGAUGGUGGAUAUGUCCACAACGGGUUAUUGAAAGCCGCCGAGUGGGUUUUUGAUGCCGAGUGUGAGGUUUUAAGGGAAUUACUUAAGAAGAAUCCUAGCUACACUUUGACAUUUGCAGGUCAUUCCCUUGGAGCAGGCUUGGUGGCCUUGUUGGUGAUGGUUGCCGUUCAAAAUCGUAGCAAACUGGGAAUCACAGAGAGGAACCGGUUUAGAUGCUACGCCAUUGCUCCCGCUCGGUGUAUGUCGCUCAAUUUGGCGGUUCGAUAUGCAGAUGUAAUCAAUUCAGUAGUGCUUCAGGAUGAUUUUUUACCUCGAACAACCACUGCGUUGGAAGAUGUUUUCAAAUCACUCUUCUGUUUACCGUGUCUUUUGUGCCUAAUGUGCUUGAAAGACACUUGCACCAUGGAGGAGAAGAUGCUGAAAGAUCCGAGGCGGCUGUAUGCACCUGGACGCCUGUACCACAUUGUUGAAAGAAGACCUUGCAGGAUAGGAAGAUUUCCCCCUGUGGUGAGGACUGCAGUUCCUGUGGAUGGGAGGUUUGAGCAUAUAGUUCUUUCCUGCAAUGCAACCUCUGAUCAUGCUAUUAUUUGGAUAGAAAGAGAGUCCCAAAGAGCUCUUGAUUUGAUGGUGGAGAAAGAUGGGGUAAUGCGGGUUCCUGCAAAGCAGAAAAUGGUACGGCAUGUGUCUCUUGCUCGAGAACACAGUGAAGAGCACAAGGCAGCUCUUCAGAGGGCAGUUGCUUUGGAUAUCCCGCAGGCUUACUCGCCUUCCACGUAUGGAACAUUCCAUGAAAUGGAAGGAGCCGGAUCUUCUGGUGGAUCAAGUGAGAGAGGCUUCUAAGUUAUCAUCUAGGAAAAGAAGGGAUAGUUGGGAGGUUGACCGAGUCCGGGGAUAUGGUGUUGGAGAAGCCAGUUCCAUAGAACAACCCUCAACAUCACUCCAUUAGUCCCCGACCUGCCUGGUUGCCUCAAAAAGAGAAAACAGAGAGGUCUGCAAAUGAAUUCUGUCAUGUGCACCAUGGUUUAUUGCUUGAGACUAUCAUGAUAAGGAUAAGGAAGUUUUGUACAUAAUGGGCAAUCAAAUCUAUCCUAAUAGACAUUCCUGAUUUAGUCAUUAUCCAAGUAAUAAGACUUGGUAACGGUUGGAUUUGAAUCGAUUUUGGAAUAAAAUUACACUUAUUCUGCCUUUUUUAUUA